GAGAGGGAGAAAGAACGCGCCUCAGAAAAUGGCAGAAGUUUCACCUAUAACGCGACAAAUAUCUAAAGACAACUACGACUUUGGAUCUGCAAGUGUAGAUUUCAGUCUGGAAGAAGUUGGAGAUUGUUUAGUUUUCAACAGACACGGAGUCGUAGUUCCGUUCAAGAAAUUAUAUCAAGACAGGAAAUCGAUCAUCAUUUUUGUACGGAAUUUCUUGUGCUACAGCUGUAAAGAAUAUGUUGAAGACUUGAGCAAAAUUCCAAGUGAGAUACUGCAGGAAGGCGACAUAAACCUUAUUGUGAUUGGUCAGUCUUCUCCUCAACAUAUAGAGCCAUUCUGCUCACUGACAGGAUACCCUUAUGAAAUAUAUGUGGAUCCAGAGAGGUGCAUUUAUCAGAAACUUGGUCUCAAAAGAGAAGCAAACUUCACAUCAUCAGGUCACAGCAGCCCACAUGUUAAAUCAGGUAUUUUCACUGGCCAAAUGAAAAGUAUAUGGAGGGCUAUGACCAGUCCAGCGUUUGACUUCCAGGGAGACUUACAUCAGCAAGGGGGGGCCAUGAUCGUAGGACCAGGCUCUAACAUCCAUUUCUUCCAUUGUGAUUCGAACCAUCUGGAUCACAUGCCCAUUAACUGGCUGCUGCAGCUGGCCGGAGUUCACCAGACCCUGGACUUUAGUCAUAAGCACAAAAUUAUCCACGUUUAGGCCCUGUAUUGUGCUCUCAAUACAGGUUUAGAUUCUACUCUACCACCUGCUCAGCAUUUGAAACUGUUGUGAGUCAGGGGCGGGGCCAUGGGGGGCCUUGAGGGGGCACUAGCCUUCCCUACAAUGGUCAAUGCACCCCCAGAGCUCCCCAAAGAUUUUUGCCCCACUUUUAUAGCACCAGGGCUGUUAUGAUAAUCACUAUAUCGACUAUGUUUCCAUAUAGUCUAUAUUUACUUCAGCGAUAUAUCAAACUUCAAAAUAUGUUAUGGUGACAGGCCUACAUAGCACAUGCUAUCUUGAUGAAAAAUGAGGGAUAACUCCAUUAAAAAAAUAAUUUCUUAUUAGCUUUUAUAACUCACUACAGGGGCUAACUACAUUUACACAAAUAUAAAACAUCAAAACAAACAUGGUGGGGGGAGUGGGGGUACACUCCAGAGUUAAAAGGCUCAAGUGAACACUGAAGACCUUAGCUUCCCCUUAGCUCCUCCAACCAAACAUGUCUGGCUCCGCCCCUGUUAUGAUCACAGUGCAGACAGAGAGUGUAAGAUCUGAUAUUGUGUUACUUACUAUUUUGAAUAAGCUGUUUUUAAGUUUGAAGUAUUUUUUUUAAUCUUUCCUGAGUAUUAUUAUUUAUCUUUUUUUAUUAUCUGUUACAAUUUCAUUGUAUAAUUUAGAUUUGAAAAACCAAAGCAGCACAAAAACAUGUACUUACUGGAUGCAGUGGUGAAAAGUAACAAAGUAAAAGUAGUAAAGUACUUUAGUAGUAGUUUUAGGUGUACUUAAGUGCAUUUUACAGUUUAUACUUUUUACUUUUACUUCACUAUAUUUGAGAGUUGGUAUCUACUCUCUACUUCACUAAAUUUUUGACCAGUACUGAAAAGUAAAAGUACUUUCAUCUGAUUUGAGGGGUUAUUUUUACCAUGUUCGUGGUAACAUCCUGACUAAAGUUUUCAAGUUCAAGCUUCAGCUUUGAGCAAACAAAAAUAAACAUGCAAAAUUCAUAAGAACAUUGAUUUCUAUUGUUACUGUGACCAAAAUAUGUCUCAGUUUUAAUCAGUAUCGCUACAUUUAACACUUUAUCUAACAUUUGUAUGAAAUACUUUUGACUCUUAAAGUACAUUUUUAAACAGGUACUUAAAUACUUUUACUUAACUAGAUUAUUUUUUUUACUUCUAUUUUUACUUGAGUAACUUUUUACCUCUGUAUCUGUGCUUUGACUUAAGUAACAAAGCUUACUUCGUCCACUGAUUGGAUGCAGGAAAGUAAAGUAAAAAUGUAGUUUUACAUUUUUACACGUCGCAAUAUGAAGCACUGACAUGUCGUUAUUGGCUGGAUUCUGUGAGGCAGCCACAUAACUGGUUUGUUUGGGUUUGUCAGUUUUAAUAGCCUGUAUUUAUUGUGCUGUGACGUGUUUGUUUCAUCUGAUAAAGUGCCUUUACAGUGUUGUUUCCAGUGUAACCCAGUGUAAUAACACUGUGACACAAACAUAAGCCCGCG